CUGUUAUUGUUUUUCAUGGUUUCGCGAGACCCAAAAUGGAGGAGAUGGCUGCUGCUAUUGCCAGCGUCCUGCUCAGCCACUCCCGAGUCCUUGAUAAAAGCGUUCACUCUAAAAUGUCCGCUCAUUUUCUCCAUUUGUGGCGUCCGUUUUUUUUACGCUGCUAAGCUAAGGUAGUUUAGCGUAAAACGCACCAAAGCGAGAGAAUAUUGUUGAAGGAUUCAAACUUAUAUUCUUUUGAUUGUAUUGGAAUUUGUUAAAGGCUUCACGUGGAAAGUAGCUGUGUGUAAAUGAACCGUCGAGGAGCUGCAGGAUGAGACGCUGUGCUCGUCAUGACUCUGAGGUCCACGCUCGUUCUAAAUCCUGGAUUCAAGACGAGCGCUGACUCAACCGUCUUCGGCAACUCGUUCGUCGGGGUCGCCACCGUGAGUCCCGUGCGCAUCAAAAGGGAGUUCGGCGACUUCUCCAUCGAUGUGCAAGACGUGCAACGGGGAGAGAUCCCAAGAAACAGAUCCAAGAACUUAGAUCCGAAUUACAUGACAAGCAAAGCUGCCACACCUGCAGAAAUAAUUCAAGGUGACAAACCUGUGGGGGUAUUGUCCCCUGUCAUACCAAUGGGGGGUGAGGGAACCCCAGUGAAAGGUAAACCCCUCACUGUUGACAGCAUGGAUAACCCUCAGAUGGCUGUGAACAACAACCCAAAGGACGCUGGUGCUGAUGAUGGCGGGAAGGUGAUUGGCCCUGCAAUGCUUGGCACCGCUUCCAUUGAACUCUCCUCGGAGGGCAAAUGGAGGAACAUCAGGAAAACCCCUGCCAGUCCACACACACAAGCGAACUGCCUUCGCCAGAUCCUCCUCCUUCAACUGGACCUCAUAGAACAACAGCAACAACAGCUGCAAUCAAAGGAUAAGGAGAUCGAUGAACUAAAGGCAGAUAAGGAGACGCUUCUUGCACGCAUUGAGCGAAUGGAACGCCGUCUCCAGCUCACAAGGAAGGAUGUUCCACGUGACAAGCGCCUAUUUCAGCCUUUGGAACCAUGGACCCCCGACAAAGAGGACAUCUGGGAUCUGGACAUUGAGGAAAGUCCACAGCCAAACUCAGCCACACCCCUUUUAAUCAGCCGGGGUGGAAAGGGUCAAAAAAGGAAGUCUUGCUUUGGAGAUGCAAAAAAUCAGAAGUCUCGGGGGAAAAGUGCAAAACUUAGCCCCCAGAAAUCUGAAAAAGAAUCUGGCUCUCCCAACCAAAGAGAGUUGCGCAGUAAAGAAACUCCAGAGAAGGCUGUCCCAGUGAGGUCAGAGGCAGAAAAGGACAGUUUGCUCCCAUGCAAAGAGGAGCCUGAGAUGAGCUGCCAGAUCGAAGAUCUGCCCUACAUGUCAACCACAGAGAUGUAUCUUUGUUGUUGGAACCAACCUCCUGUAUCUCCUUUGCAUGAGACUUCCCCCAAAAAGGAGGAAGAGGUGGCCAGUGAGUGGACUCCUCAUGUAGUACAUGAUAUGCUGAUUGUUUGUUGUUUUUCUGUUUGCCUGCCAGUUCCCUCUUGGAGGGAAAACCAUAUUGAACCUUUAGCUGAGGACCCUGCUUUGGACCCCCCUGAGCCGCUGGACGACGGCGCAUUUUUGAAACGCCACGCAAAGCUGGAGUUGGACGAGAAGAGAAGGAAAAGGUGGGACAUUCAGCGCAUCAGAGAGCAGCGCAUGUUCCAGCGCUUGCAGCAACGAAUGAACAGGAAAAAAAAUGUCCAGGAGAUGGAGCCUGACUUGUCGUCCUUUUAUCCCGACACAGAAGACGUUGAAAGCAUAAUGAUCACUCCCUUUUUGCCUGUGGUUGCAUUUGGUCGUCCUUUGCCUAAACUCGCACAAGAGAAUUUUGAGCUGCCUUGGCUGGACGAUCGAAGCCGAUGCCGCAUUGAGGUUCCCAAAAAACACACGCCUCACCGGACCUGCCGAAAGUGAAGCCAGCCCCGGAUUAACAGCAAAAAGUUCCAACCCUACAUUAGAAAAUUCUACCUUUUGUCUCAUCUGGGGAAGAGUGGGGCGUGUCACGAGUGUAACACCGGCGUUCUUCAGCCUGUGGGAAUCUGGUCUUACCACCUGACCGCCUUCAGACUAUUAGGACAUAAUGGAAAAAUGUGUGAUGCUGCCAGGUCACUGUUCCCAUGCUGGCAGUUGUUGUUCUGGUAGUUGUGCGCGUGUUCCGCAACAUGUUCGAGAUGUUCAAGCUGUGCCAUGACCGAUUGAUUUUUAUCACUCAAAGGUGGAGCUUUUGCCCAUUUUGAUGCAUAAUUUACUGGCAGAAUGCACAGAGAAGUGUGAAUUCGGACUGUGUAUCAUAAGCAAUACAGAGUCGUCUUAUGCUUUGAUUCUCCCUGCUAUGUUAAAUUCCAACUAGAACUCGUUUCUUAUGGCCUUUACUGUUCACUUGCAAAUAAAAAAUAUAUUUUCUUUCAAUGUUAAUUGUAACAUUCUAAGAUUUCAACCAGUAUGAUUACAUGAUUACACAAAACCCAUUUUAGUGUAAUGCAACACUUGAAAUAUUUUAUUUUGUUAGAAAAUUAGUCAGGGUUAAAAACAAAGAUCUGUCCCCCUUUUUUAUUUUCUAUUUUUGUGCAACUUGCAUGUACUCUAUAUGAUUGUUGCAAAAAGUGAAGCUGAUCGCAUGGCCUCUCAUUAGACUUGACAAUAAGCUCCAUUAAUUGGGCUUCAAACCCUACUAAUCUAUAUCUUUAAAGCAUGAUUUUUGCUGCCAGAACUGCAGCUCCAACAGUCUGCUCAUCGAUGUUUUUAAUCCUAACAUGCUAACAUUCACUAAAUAUUUGGCUGUAUUUGUUGGUCCCUUUCAUUGGCUGAUGUUCAAAGGAGACUUUCUAGACGAUUAAUAAGCUGUGUAGCUGUAGUCUUAGCAAUGUUCACCGUACGCUCCUUCAGCGCUGCCGGUUCCAGUCCAGCAGAGACCGAUGUCUGCUGGAGUUUGUGGCCGCGUUUGCUCAGCCUGUCCUGCAUAUGAUGCAAUGGCUUUCUGCAGCUUUAGGCCUCGAACGGCCGGGCAUUUGUUGAGGUUAAGUUUGGAAAUACAAAGUGAUUUUUUUUUCUUCUCUGUACAUAGCUUUCAGAAACAAAUGUACAUAAAACAUGGCUGUUAUUUUUUUAUUAUUUAAUGUUGAAAGUGUUGAGUACAUUUACAAUGGUUCUAUGAUUGUAUGUUGAAAAAUGGACAGUUUUGAAACAUAAAUUCUUUUGGAAUAAAAUAAAUACGUCUAUUGAAUGUAA